GGGAUAAAAGCGAGUAGCAGAGAUCCCCCCCACAUCAUCAUCAACAGUCCUUUUCUUCAUUCAACCCAAAAACUCGUUCAUUUUUCACCGAUUGAACUUUCAACAUAUAACGAACAGAAGUAAAUUUUUAACUUACAUAUUCAGCACACACUCUUUUAUGAAAAUUCAGCAUUGAGAAUUUUGGUUGUGUAAUUAAAGUUGUAACUCAGAAAUCUUAAAAAUGAAUUUAACAUGCGUUUUCUCGUCAUAUUUGUUUAUGUUAUGUGCAUGCUUACAAGCAUUUACAAAUGCCCAAGAUCCAAUGCCAGAUAAUGAACGAUUUUUGUUUUCUCCAUUUGCUAUUAGUGGAAUGAUCAAAGGACUGCUCGAUAUGCAAAUUCGACCCCAAGGUGGUUACUAUGAAGAAAAAUAUAAAAAAAUAUUUAAGGAUAAUGAGUCUGAGCAGUCCAUUGAAAGCCUGUUUGUCGACAGAUUCGAUACUGAUUUACAUGAACCGGGCUAUACCAGCGAUGAGUUGUUAUAUCAAGACGCGAAGCUACUGAGAGAAUCAAUGAAGGGUCGCGGCCCAAAUCCCUGUUUUGAAAUUGACAGAAUUGAAAGAAAUCCUCUUCUUGGAUUAAUGUGUUCUCUCCAAUUACAGAAAGAGAUGAACACAAAACCUGAAAUUGCACCUUAGUGGUAUUGAUAAAUGUUUUUAUUAAACUGAUCCUGUUUAGAUACAAAAAAUUUGAAAUGUUUCAUUUUCUUUUAUAUUCAAUAUAUGUUUUUUAUUUGCAAAUAAAUAUUUUAUUUUUCUCAA